GAAGAAAGACCAGGGGAGUGUACACUGCCACGUAGCCCAUGGCUCAAGAUGGACUUCCAAAUAUGUAUUCUCAUCCUCCAACAGAAAGCAGUAAGAUAACUUCUGAGACAACCAUUUUCUUUGAAGGUGAUAACAAUAUUCCUAGACCAGAAGCAACUAUCACAUCAGAAGGGGAUCAUGCCACUUCAGCAAAUGACUGCAUGCUAGAAAAUGAUUUUUCAACAACUAUAGGCAGCAAGAUUUCAUCUACAAAGGAAAGACGAAAAUCAGAAGAUGAAGUGGAGACCCACAUUAAGUCAACAGCUCCUCUGGAAAGAGAAAAGACAACUCCCACUGGAGCAACAAGCUCAAUUAAGGAAUACAAUGCUGAAAGUUUCAUUCCAGUGAACAUUGGCAAGGUUUCAUCCCCAGUUGCUACUGUUUCUUUAAUAGAUUUUUCCAGUAUAACAAAAGAAGAUGUCUUCUUGGCUACUGCUGAUAUCGGGGACAAGGAUCCAGCUGAGCCUGCUGAAGGCUCUGGCAGACUGGCGGAGAGUACCAGCAGCCCUGCUUCUGCAGCUGAAAAAGGGAAGACUGAUGCUAACAGUUGCAGUGCCUCCCUCCAGCCCACCGACUCCUUCAUCCCUGAGGCUGAAAACUCCCCCUCCACUGACAACGACUACAUCACUAUUCCAGACAUAACAGCCCUCGAAGAAGAGAACAUAACUGAAAUUGAUCUAGUAGUCUCCCAGGAUGACUCCAAGGCUGUUGAUACCCUCAGAGACACUGAUGAGAAGUACGUCACUGUGUUUGAACUGACCACCUCUGCUGAAAAAGACAAAGGCGACCUGGAAGAGACGCUAAACGAUGAAGAGGCCACCAUCAAAGCCGGUGUUUGGAUGCAGAAAAACACAAUAAAGGAAGCAGAGACUGAAUCCAUUUUGCUUACUGCAGCCGAGUCCAGGUACGACUUCAGUGUCCCUGUAUCAGCAGCUGAGAAGAUCACAGAAGAGAGAGAAGAUGACACCACAGAAGAUGCGCCUGAAAAUAAUACAACAGAAUCUACACCUGAGGACACUGAGCAGCUUUCUGACUCUCCAAAUCACGAGGAAGACACCUCCCCAGCCGAGACCGGCAUCUUUAAACUAUUGAAAGAAGACCCAGACGAGCUCAUGAUGUGAAAGCAGGAAAAGGGACCACCCAGAGCUGCGCCCUAAACUAGAAGCCAGUCCACACACUUAUAAGGCUUUCCAGCCAGAAAAACCUUUCAAGAAC